GCUGAUAAAAGAGAGGAAGGCUUGCUGGCCGACUCCUCUUCCUCUUGCCUGGAGGAUAUUCGCAACACAGUGGGCAACAUCCCCAUGGAGUGGUACCAGGACUUUCCACACAUCGGCUACGACCUGGAGGGCAAGAAGAUCUACAAGCCCAUCCGAAACAAGGAUGAGCUGGACAAGUUCCUGGAGAAGAUGGAGAACCCUGACUACUGGCGAACGGUCCAGGACAAGAUGACCGGUGCAGACAUAAAGCUGACGGACGAACAGGUGGACCUGGUGCAUCGGCUCCAGAAAGGGCAGUUUGGGGACGUCCACUUCGAUCCCUACGAGCCGGCUAUUGACUUCUUCAGCCACGAGGUCAUGAUCCACCCUGUGACAAAUCGCCCAGCAGACAAGCGGAGCUUCAUCCCCUCCCUUAUCGAGAAGGAGAAGGUCUCCAAGCUAGUGCAUGCCAUCAAGAUGGGCUGGAUCAAGCCACGCAAGCCCAAGGAGGACACACCUACCUACUAUGACCUCUGGGCCCACGAGGAUCCCAACUCCAUCUUGGGCCGGCACAAGAUGCAUGUCCCAGCCCCCAAGAUGAAGCUGCCUGGGCAUGAGGAGUCCUACAACCCACCACCCGAGUACCUGCUCAGCGAGGAGGAGACUGGCGCGAUCCUGACGCCACUUCCGAGGGAGGAGUGGGGCUCCGAUGACUGCACAGUGCGCUUCUGGGAGGUGAGCACGGCUCGCUGCAUGAAAACCCUUCCCGUGGCCGGCGUGGUGAAGAGCAUCGCCUGGAACCCCAACCCCACCAUCUGCCUGGUGGCCAUCGCCGUGGAGCAGUCAGUGCUGUUGGUGAACCCCAGUCUCGGGGACAAGCUGCUCUACGGGGCCACCGACCAGCUGCUGGAGUCCUACGUGGCGGAGGAGGAGGAGCGGGUGCAGCCCGUCCAGUGGGUUGUGGCCACCACCGAGGAGCACAGCAAGGGCAUCCGGCUGAUCGUCCAGCAUAGCCGGCCCGUGAAGCAGGUGACCUGGCACGGCAAAGGUGACUACUUCGCCAGCGUCCUGGCUGACAACAGCAACAUGCAAGUGCUGAUUCACCAGACCAGCAAGCGCUGGAGCCAGAACCCCUUCCGCAAGAGCAAGGGGCUAGUGCAGUGCGUGCUCUUCCACCCCAUCCGGCCCUACUUCUUCGUGGCCACUCAGCGCUACGUCCGCGUCUACAACCUCCUCAAGCAGGAGCUCACCAAGAAGCUGAUGACAAACUGCAAGUGGGUGUCCAGCAUGGCCAUCCACCCUGGAGGUGACAACAUUAUCUGCGGCAGCUACGACAGCAAGCUGGCCUGGUUUGACUUGGAC